CUGGUCCUCGCGCGGCGCAGGACGACAGGUGCCGCGGAGCCGAGCCCUGCGCAGCAGUCGGGCGCUCAGAGCCGCGCUCCCAGCCCCACCAUGGGCAACAGCGCGGGCCGCAGCGACUUCGAGUGGGUCUACACGGACCAGCCUCACACGCAGAGGCGCAAGGAGAUGCUCGCCAAGUACCCAGCCAUCAAGGCCCUGAUGCGGCCGGACCCCCACCUCAAGUGGACCGUAACGGGGAUGGUGCUGGUGCAGCUGCUGGCCUGCUGGCUGGUGCGGGGGCUGGCGUGGCGCUGGCUUUUCUUCUGGGCCUACGCCUUCGGGGGCUGCGUGAACCACUCGCUGACUCUGGCCAUCCACGACAUCUCGCACAACACCGCCUUCGGCACGGGCCGUGCCGCCCACAACCGCUGGUUCGCCAUCUUCGCCAACCUGCCCGUGGGCUUGCCCUACGCCGCCACCUUCAAGAAGUACCACGUGGACCACCACCGCUACCUGGGUGGCGACGGGCUGGACGUGGACGUGCCCACGCGCUUCGAGGGCUGGCUCUUCUGCACGCCGGCCCGCAAGCUGCUCUGGCUGGUCCUGCAGCCCUUCUUCUACGCGCUGCGGCCGCUCUGCGUGCACCCCAAGGCCAUGACCCGCAUGGAGCUCUGCAACGCCCUGGUGCAGCUGGCGGCCGACGCCACCAUCUACGCCCUCUGGGGGCUCAAGCCCGUGGUCUACCUGCUGGCCAGCUCCCUGCUGGGCCUGGGCCUGCACCCCAUCUCGGGCCACUUUGUGGCUGAACACUACAUGUUCCUCAAGGGCCACGAGACCUACUCCUACUACGGGCCCCUCAACUGGAUCACCUUCAAUGUGGGCUACCACAUGGAGCAUCACGACUUCCCCAGCAUCCCCGGCUGCAACCUGCCCCUGGUACGGAAGAUCGCACCCGAGUACUACGACCACCUGCCCCAGCACCACUCGUGGGUGAAGGUGCUCUGGGAUUUUGUGUUCGACGACUCCCUGGGGCCCUUCGCGCGGGUGAAGAGGGUGUGCAAGCUGGCGGAGAACCACCUGUGAGCCCGACGGCCGGCUGGCGUCCUGGGGCUCGCUGCUGUCCCGCCCCGCCCCGCCCGAUGCAGGGCUGGCUGUCAGCUUUCCCGGCCUAGUGCCCAGAACUGGUUUGGCUGCAUUUGGUUCCCGCGCCCUGGGCCUCUGCUCUUUUCCCCGGAGCACCGCCCCCCCCCCCCCCCGCGCCCCGCCCCGCACCCCCUCCCCCAGACCACACCUGGCGGCAGUGGGCACGGAUGGCCGCUCGGGCUGUACAUGGCCUGGUGACCUCAGGCCGGCCCUCCCUUUCAGGGCUGGUCCUGACCCUGCCCUGGGCACUCUGCGCCUAGGGAGCAGAGUCCUCUGGCGUUCCCAUGCCCUAAAUUAAAUCCAGCGUUGGUUUUCAAGUCCCCAGAGCCUACUUCCCCGGAUUGGGCCUGGCUCCCUGCGAGCAGGGCGGGGGCCGCUGUGUGCCGCCCUCGUAGGGAACCAGCACUGAGGCAGCAUCCUGGCUGGCCCCAGGUGUGGGCAGAGGUCCAUGUGUCCCUUGGCCCAUGCUCCUGCCUCAACCCGCCCACCACCCCGGUCUGCCUCACCCCUGCCCCACCUUGAGCCCGCACCCCCACCAGCUCAGAUGUGGGGCUGGAGAAGAGGUACCACGGGUCAGGGAGAUGGUGGGUGGACAGGUGGCCAGACCAAGGUGUGACAGUCCAAGUGAAGGGCAGCUCUGAUGGUGUCUCCGGGACGUGGGGCACAGCCUGUCCUGGCUAAGCCAAGGACUGAUGACACAGGUGACAGGGGAGGCAUCGGCAACCCCCCGGCCCAGGGAGGGGCUGUGUCGGGAUGGGGGUCUGGGUCUCCCAGAGGCAGGCAGGCAGCAGGAGGGUGCCUGGGCGAGGGAAACAGCCCCCCUUGGAGACGUGAGGCUGGGGAGGCCGAGGAUCACCCCUGGGGGCAGGUGUGGUGGGGCUGGGAGUGGCCCUGGGCGGUCUGACCACUGGAUGGCCCGGGGAGUAGACCCCUGCGCUCGAUGAGGGAGGGGAGCGUGGCUCUCAGUAGAGAGCCCCAAGCGCUCAGCUGAGCCCUCGAGUUGCCAGGCGCUUAUCUGACCCCGCCAGAGCUGAAGGUGGGCCCAGGGCUGUCAACCGUCCUGGGAGGCGGCAGCCCGGGAGCUGGGAACACCCCGUGGACACCUGUCAGCCCCCGUCCCCACGGCCCCGGGAUUCCUGGACUGUGGGUGGUGGGAGGAGCUGCAGAGUGCCUCGGAACGGUGGGUUAAAGCCGCUCCCCUCCUGACACGCAGAGCAGGCUUCCUCUCUCUCUGUUGCUGGGAGCACACAGUGAGACGGACUAUGUUCAACCUGGCCAGCAAGCGGUCCCGUUGUCCUGAACCAGACUGGGGAGUGGGGUGGGGUUCCUCCCACGGUCCCCAGAGGAUGGCUGGGCCAGAGCCCAGGCACACUGCUCUCCUGGAGGCCGGGGGAUGGUCACAGGAUUUCAAAGCUUUCCUACUAGCUGGGGCCACUCUGGGUGCAGGGGCAGCAGUGGCCAGUGCUGAGGGCCAGACCCUUUGUGGUUCAGCCCUGCAUGGUCUAAGAUGUGCCUCUGAGGGGCACAGGGGCUGCGGGCAGGGCAGGGGCCACGCCUGCUUGCCUUGCCUUCCUGUCUGGCUGAGCUGGAGUCACAGGGCCCCAUCUGUGAGGUGGGGGUGGGGGGUUUGAGCUGGUGCACCCUCCUGGCCCCUCUGAUGUUCCCACACAGGCCCCACCUCCCUGGAGGAGGCCUAUGGGGAGGGGCAGCCCCCAGGACCCCUGCUGGAAGCGCCCAAGCUGGCAGCCCACACCCUGUCCUUCCUUGCCUCACUCCCAAGGCCCCCGUCUGGCCCCCCCCCCAACUCCUGGCACCACUCUGCAGGCCCUCCCCUAAGAAGUGGCCUCCCCAGCCAGGCAAGACUGGGAGCUGGCGCUGAGUGAGCAAGCCAGAGCCGGGGUGUGGACAGUAAGCGUUUAUUACCACGUGGACACAGACGGCUUGGUGCGUGGACGGACCCUCACCGCCGGGACGCGGGGAGGAGCCGCGUGGAAGCGGCCGCCACUCCCGGGGGCACCUAGGAGAAAACUUGAGACCUUCUAACGAGGCGCGUGACUUGGGGCGUCUUCUCUAUGAACCCAAAGAAACGUACACUUAAAUAGGCAGAUAUAAAAUACAAAAAAAGGCUGUAGGCCUGGUGUUUUGUGUCAGGUUGAAUCUAAAAAAAUCCAGGAACUGAACUUUUCUCCUCAUUUUAAUAUUUUAUCACAGGUUAAGACUUAAACGAAGCACGUCCUAGCUUCAGCGCGUGCCGAGUGUGCCGGAGGCCUGGGCACUGGGCUCUGUGGGGGCCCCGCCGUCGGGUGGCCCGGGGUCGUGGGCGGCGUCGGGGGCUCUGGCCUACGAGGUGCUGAUCCCGCUCAGCUCCUGCCUGAUGGCUGAGGGACAGGACAGGAGAGGGUCUCAGUCCCUCAGCUGCCCGCGCGAGGGGCCUGUCCACUGCGGCCGCUAUAGCAGGUGGAGACCGAGGCGCCCCCAGUCCGCCCCACCCCCCUCCGGCCCAUGGCCUCCCGAGGCAGGGGUGCCCAGCAAUAAAGUGGGGUUAACAGUU